CCACGAUUCAGCGAGACGAACUCGACCUGCACCUGCCCAACGCUACUCCGUCUGACCACUUUGCUAUCCGCAGCAGCGCAGUCAGAAUGACGACGCCCGCCACGACAUCGCAGCGCCCGGCGCACGCAUUCUGCCUCACCAAGCGCCGGUCCUACACGUCGCCGCAUUUAGUGCGCACGCGCUCCAAGAACAACACACUAUGCGGCGUUCCGGGCGAGCGCGACGCUCCGAUUGCCUCAGCGCCAAAGACGGCACCGUCUGCAGCUACUGCUUCACGCCUUACACGCAAGACGCAGAGCUUCAGUGAAGGCCUGGAGCCACCCACAGGCGAACGCAUAGCCGACGUUGCCGUCUUCCUGGGCGGCUCGUGCAACCCCACAACCUGGAGGCACGACGUCGCUAUGCCCAUGCUGGACGCUGCACAUGUACACUAUUUCAACCCACAGGUGGACGAAUGGUUCGAAGAACUCAUCCAGAUCGAAGCUAAAGCCAAGGAAACGGCACAAAUCGUGCUCAUGGUCGUGGACGGCCUCACCAGGUCCAUCGUCUGCAUCAACGAAGCAGUCGAGUACAUUUGCAGAGGCAGGAAGGUCAUGCUCGUAGUAGACGACAUUGAGGAGGGCACGGAAGUUGCAGGGAAAGUAUUAUCCAAGACGGAGUUGGCCGAUCUCAAUGGUGCACGUCAGUGUCUUCGUGACCUGGCUCACAGGAGAGGCGUCGGUUUGUUCCCAGACGUAGCAGCAGCGAUAGAGGGAUGCAUCGCCUACCUCACUCAGACUAACGCGCCCAGGUCUAAACCGGAGGUGCCACGUCUUCGUAAGCGUUCAUCCAUUGUGCUAAAUAGCUGGUCUGGCAAACAUCGCCCCCAUCGGGUGACCUCGCGCUCGCACUCUUCACGAUUGCUAAAGUCCAACAGCAGCGGCAGCAACAAGAGCAUCACAGAUGACAGCGAACAGAGCAGCGAUUCGCCUGGAGUAUCGUCGCCAUCACAGUCGAUCGUGAACCAACUAGGCUGCCAGUUAUUUAGUGACUACACUGGCGGCUCUGUUUAUCUUGGAGGCAACUUGACAGCGACGUCUUGGAGACAGAAAGUCGCAAUCCCGUUGCUACGCCAAGCCGGCAUCCCCGUAUACGUCCCGUUCGCGGACUAUUUGCAGUUUGGACUGUCUUCAACAGCGGAGCAACACGUGCAGACACUAUCUGAGCACUUCCGAGAGAUCGAAACCCAGAAGGCAACCGCAGAGCUUGUUCUGUUUGUGAUUCCGAGGAAUUUACGCUCCAUCGCCGCCAUGACCGAGGCAGUAGAACUUGUGUCCAGUCACCAAGCCUUGCUGCUCGUCAUUGAGCCCGUGGAGGAAGGCUGCAUGGUGGAAGAAGGAGUGGCCAUCACUGGCCGUGAGUUCAAGGACCUCGCUCGAGCUCGAGCGUAUCUGCGCGAGAUGGCAGAACGCAAUGACGUUGCUGUGUUCGAGUCGGUCACACAAGCUGUCGAGAAUAUUGUUGAGAGGUUAGAGUAGAACUGCAACAUGUAAAUAUUAUUUUGGAUGCGGAUGCUGUAUUGCACACCCUAAUUUACGAUACCCCAACUCA